AUGUCCGUCCACAUCCUCAUGUACCCUUACCCCACCGCCGGCCACAUCAUCCCCCUCCUUGACCUCUCCCACAAGCUCCUCCACCUCCCCCGUCCCGCCGCCGCCGCCCCCGUCACCGUCACCAUCCUCGUCACCCCCGACAACCUCCACCUACUCGACCCCUUCCUUGCCUCCUCCUCCUCCUCACUCCAGCCUCUCGUCUUGCCUUCCCCGGAGCCCCCUGCGACACCCCACCCGCCACAGAGGCGCCUCGUCGCCACCGUCCGCGCCCUCCGCGAGCUCCACCUCCCCCUCCUCUCCCGGUGGUUCGAGUCCCACCCUCCCCGCCCUGCGCCGUCGUCUCCGACUUCAUCCUCGGGUGGACCCACCGCUUCGCCCGCGACCGUGGCGUCCCGCGCGUCGUCUUCUCGCCGUCCGGCGCCUUCGCGCUCUCCGUCGGCUUCGCCGAGCUACGAGGCUGGAGAUCCGGAGAUGGAGCGCCACCGGGAGGACGCGCUCGGCAACAUCGAGAGCUGGGGAAUCGUAGUCAACUCGUUCGACGGGUUGGAGCGUGCCUACCUGGAUCACCUCAGGAAAGACCUCGGGCACGACCGGGUUUGGGCCGUGGGCCCGCUCCUGCCAGCCGAGGGCGAUGGCUCCGCCGGGCCUGUCAACAGGGGCGGGCCCAUCUCGGUGUCGGCCAGCGAGGUGCUGACGUGGCUGGACGCCUGCCCAGGCGGGUCCGUCGUCUACGUGUGCUUCGGGAGCCGCGUCGUGCUGAAUCAACAGCAAAUGGAUGAGCUGGUGGCCGGGCUGGAGCGAAGCGGGGUCAGAUUCAUACUGUGCGCAAGGCAGUCGAGCAAGGGAGGGCACGUGGCGGCAGGGGAUAUCGGGGCGGUCCCCGAGUACUUCGAAGCACGGGUGGCCGGGAGGGGCUUCCUUAUCAGGGGCUGGGCCCCACAAGUGGCGAUACUGAGGCACAGGGCUGUGGGCACGUUCCUAACUCACUGCGGGUGGAACUCGACCCUAGAGGGGCUCAGUGCCAAGGCAGUGAUGCUGACAUGGCCAAUGGACGCGGAGCAAUUCGUGAACGCCAAGCUGCUGGUGGACAAGCUGGGCGUGGGGAUCCGAGUCGGCGAGGGGUUGGAGAAGAUACCGGAGGCGGCGGAGUUGGCCCAGGUUUUGGCCAGGUCAUUGAGGGGCGAUCUACCCCAAAGGGUUCGAGCCAAGGAGAUAAGCAGCGCUGCUCAGGAUGCAAUCAAUGGAGGGAGCUCAGAUAAAGAUUUGAGCGACUUCGUGAGGUGUGUGGACGAACAAAGGAGGAGCAAAAUGCAUACAUUUUAG